AUGUCCAAAAAGAAUCGUAACAAGGGCGAGAAGCCUGAAAUGGAAAUAGAAGCAGUGCAGGCAGCCAAUGAAGAGCUUCGGGCUAAGUUGACUAACAUCCAGAUAGAAUUUCAGCAGGAGAAGAGUAAGGUGGGAAAGCUGAGGGAAAAAAUCCAAGAAGUGAAGCAAGAGAGAGAACAGGAGCAGCACAAACACACAGCCUACAUCUCUGAGCUGAAGGCCAAACUUCAUGAAGAGAAGAUGAAGGAGCUCCAGGCUCUCCGAGAGGCUCUCAUCCGACAGCAUGAGCAGGAAGUUGCCCGCAUGGUCAAAAUCAAGGAUGGGGAGGUGCAGCGCCUGCAGACCACGGUGAACGUUUUGAGAGAUGGCGCAGCCGACAAAGUGAAGACAGCCUUAUUGAAUGAGGUCCGAGAAGAAGCCCGGAAAUCCUUCGAUGGGGAACGUUUAAAGCUGCAGCAGGAGAUAUUAGAGCUGAAAUCUGGGAAGAAGCAGGUGGAAGAGGCUUUGAACAAUUUUAUGCAAGCAGAUAAGAUGAAGGCUGCUGACCUGCGCAUUGCCUAUCAGUCUCACCAGGAUGAGAUUAAUCGAAUAAAAAGGGAAUGUGAGCGAGAUAUCCGCAGGCUGAUGGAUGAGAUAAAAGGCAAAGAUAGAGUGAUCCUGGCAUUGGAAAAAGAUCUGGGUGUGCAGGCAGGUCACACCCAGAAGUUACUUCUUCAGAAGGAAGCAUUAGAUGAGCAGCUUGUACAAGUCAGAGAAGCUGAGCGUUACCACAGCAGCCCAAAGAAAGAGCUUCCAGGGGGAAUUGGAGACAUUUCUGAGUUAAUGGGCUUCUCGGAGCAGCAUAUGGAUGAACGAGAUGUGCGGAGGUUUCAACUAAAAAUUGCUGAGCUCAAUGCAGUAAUUCGGAAGCUAGAAGACAGAAAUACUCUGUUAGCAGAUGAAAGAAAUGAACUGUUGAAACGCUCUCGUGAAACAGAAGUUCAGCUGAAGCCUCUUGUCGAAAAAAACAAGAGAAUGAUGAAGAAAAAUGAUGACUUGUUGCAAAGUAUACAAAGGAUGGAAGAAAAAAUAAAAAAUCUCACAAGGGAAAAUGUAGAGAUGAAAGAAAAGUUGUCUGCCCAGGCUUCUUUGAAACGUCACACUUCCUUGACUGACCUUAGUCUUACCCGAGAUGAACAAGAAAUUGAAUUCUUGAGGCUGCAGGUUAUGGAACAACAGCUAGUGAUUGAUGAUCUCUCCAUGGAAAGAGAACGUUUAUUGCGCUUGAAGAGACACAAAAGACUACCAAAGCUGCCAAAGAAGCAUGUUGUGGAGACAUUUUUUGGAUUUGAUGAAGAAUCUAUUGACUCAGAAACAUUAUCUGAAACCUCCUAUAAUACAGACAGGACAGAUAGGACCCCAGCAACACCAGAAGAAGAUUUGGAUGAUACAACAACAAGAGAAGAAGCAGACUUAAGAUUUUGUCAGCUGACUAGAGAAUACCAAGCUUUGCAGAGAGCCUAUGCUCUGCUUCAAGAACAAGUGGGUGGAACACUGGAUGCAGAGAGAGAAGCCAGGACUCGUGAGCAGCUACAAGCUGAUCUAAUUAGGUGCCAAGCCAAAAUCGAAGAUUUGGAGAAGUCAUUAAUUGAAAAAGGACAGGAUUCAAAAUGGGUUGAAGAAAAGCAACUGCUAAUCAGGACAAACCAAGAUUUAUUAGAAAAGAUUUACAGGAUGGAAAUGGAGACGAGUCAGCUGAAGAAUGAGAUGCAGGAUGCAAAAGACCAGAAUGAGCUGUUAGAAUUCAGAGUACUAGAACUGGAAGUAAGAGAUUCUAUCUGUUGUAAACUCUCAAACGGAGCAGAAAUUCUGUUUGAACCCAAACUGAAAUUCAUGUAA